AUGAUCGGAAAGACCCUGAAGGUUGACAUGAAUACCAUAGCUAACCUAGAAGAUAAAAAAGCAAGGGUAGAAAGAGGUAGAUAUGCUAGAAUAUGCGUUGAAAUCGACUUACAGAAGAAGUUGAUCCCCAGAAUAAUAUCGGCAUCAGCGCUGUUCAAUGUUGAAUAUGAAGGACUGGGUCUCAUAUGUUUUCAAUGUGGAAGAUAUGGGCAUAGGAAAGAGGCGUGCCCAUGGAAGAAGUCAGCCAAAAAAGUAGAUAUUCAACAAGGAGGAAGCUCUUCAUCACCCCCACCAAAGAUGUCGCCGGCGAAACCUCUACCGGCUGAGGAAGACCAGUUUGGGCCAUGGAUGAUGGUACAAUGUACGGGCAGGACACGUGGACCUAGAUUUGAAAAUAGAAAAGACAGACAUGAAGGAAGAGGAGACUAUGUCAGAACUGACUGUAAGAAUAGCGGUAAGGAAGGACAGACACGCUUUGAGGUACUCACUAAUAUAGGAAAUGAUUCAAAUGACGGUUUUGAUGAGGAGGAAGAGAGGAAAAGGGAGGCGCUGGAGCAUAGGUCGGCUGAAAGGGAGAGAGCUGUUGUGCCUAUGGAAGGAAGAGUUGGGGUGCCGAGAAAUAAGGCGGAAACUUCAAAAAAUUCAAAUAAAGGCAAGACAAAGGAGUUUGUGGUGGGAAAAAAAGUAGUGAUAUACCAAGGGAAGGAAAAUACAAAGCCCAAAGAACAAGUAAACCCAAGACAAGCCCAAAGUAAUGUGGACGGGAAACCAAAGGCUGAAGGAUGGCUAGAUCAACCAAAGAACCAAAUAGGCAAGAAGACCAUGGGCCAUAGAGCCCAUAAUAUGGUGGCAGGAAAUCUGGACCUAAAAGAGUCCGAAUACCUGAAGCAGAAAGCCUUUUGA